UACAGUAUGUGUGCCAUGAAGGCUGAGGAGGAGUUGGGCUUCACAUGGGAGGUGAGGGCGAACAGCCGUCACAACCAGAAACAGAAGCAGAAGAAAUCCUUCCUGUGCUUCAGCUGGGGGCGAUACUCUUGUGUCCCAGUAAUUUCAACCAUACCUUGGUACAUAACAAUCAUCCCGCUGCUCACCAUCCUCACUGUGAGGGGGCUCAAAGACCUCGUCACUGACAUAGCGAGGAGACGCUCUGACUCGAGGAUUAACUCCCGACCCUGUGACAUACUCAUCUCCAAGAGUUUCAGCACCAAGCAGUGGAAGGAUCUUCGUGUGGGCGAUGUGCUGCGGAUCCACAAGGACCAAGUCAUCCCUGCAGAUGUUCUUCUUCUGUCCAGCUCAGAGCUUCACAGUUUGUGCUACGUGGAAACAGCGGAUAUUGAUGGUGAGACCAACCUGAAGUACCGGCAGGCACUUGAUGCUACCCACAGUCAUCUGACCACUCAACCCUCAGAAGAAGUCCUCAGAACCUUUGACGGUGUGGUGCUCUGUGAGGAACCCAACAAUCGCCUGUACUCCUUCAGAGGUCAGCUACAUUGGCAGGGGCAGACGUUUCUCCUGGACAACGAGCACAUUCUCCUAAGAGGAACAGUCCUACGCAACACAAAAUUUGCCUAUGGCUUGACGAUAUACGCUGGCGCAGACACAAAAAUCUUGAAAAACUGCGGGAAACUAAGAGUGAAGACGACCCAUCUGGAGAGAGUUUUCAACAAAGUGGUGAUCGGGAUCGUCCUUUCAGUUCUGCUAACGGCUCUGUUCCUCGCCAUCGGCUGUGGUGUGUUUACGAGUCAGAUCAUGAGGCAAAGAGAGCUUCUGUCCACUCUGGCGGUUUUUAGCACCCCAGCCUACACUGGAUUUCUCAUGUACUGGGGUUACAUCAUCCUCCUCAGCCCGGCCAUGCCCAUCGCUCUCUACAUCACGUUUGAGGUGAUCCACACAAUCCACAGCAAGUUUAUAGGCUGGGAUCUGGAGAUGUACUGGCAGCCAACAGACAAACCAGCCCAGGCCAGGAACACCUCACUGAGUGAGGAGCUUGGUCGAGUGGAUUACCUGCUUAGUGACAAAACUGGGACGCUCACCCAGAACCGGCUGCUCCUCAGACAAUGCUGCAUCGCAGGGGAGAUUUACGGUGAUGCAUCAGUCAUAGCAGAGGAAGUGCAGCCCAUGGAUUUAAGUUGGAAUCCGUUUUCUUGUGGCGGUCUGUACAUGUCGGCCCCCAGUCUGGUGGAGAGGCUCAGAGGACGUCAGUGUCCAAUCAGCAGUCAGUUCUUCACCGCACUGGCUUUGUGUCAUACUGUCAUGGCAGAGGGAAAGGAUGACACCCUAGCUUACCAGGCAGCAUCACCAGAUGAGGAAGCUCUUGUUGGAGCAGCCAGGGAACUUGGCUGGGUCUUUCUUUCCAGAACAAGAGAUUUUAUCAUUGUCUCAGAGUUGGGUGUCUAUCACCAAUAUCAGCUUCUGGCGUUGCUGGACUUCACCAGCAAAAGAAGAUGCAUGUCAGUCCUGGUGCGGGAGCCAGACGGAGGAAUCAAACUUUAUUGUAAAGGAGCAGAUACAGUGAUCCUUGAGCGACUACAGAASGACUGUCCAUAUCAAGAUAGGACAGUGACAGCACUGCAGCUGUUUGCCGAGGCCUGUCUGAGGACGCUGUGCGUUGCGGUUCGAUCUGUUCCUGAGGCAUUAUGGGAGCAGUGGAGUGAAACUCUUACUCAGACCGCUGCCAUGGCGACAUCCGAGCAAGACGUCAUGCUGGAGAAUCUGUAUGAUGAGAUGGAGAGAGAGAUGCUGCUUCUGGGUGUGACAGCGAUAGAGGACCGACUUCAGGAGGGAGUUCCUGAGACUAUUGCUCUCCUUAAAGAGGCUGGGAUUAAAGUAUGGGUGCUGACUGGAGACAAAAAAGAGACUGCAGUGAAUAUUGGAUACUCUUGCAGACUGCUGGAUCCUGAAACCAGACUACUGGACUGGCAGGAGCUGAGACAGAUACUCCAGUCCCCAGACCCACAGGUCAGCUUCACCAAAGCUCAGUGCACAGAGCUGUGGGCCGAACACAAAACCAUCCCAAGAGCUAAAACCUCUGUGGUUCUCACUGGAUCUGAGCUGGCAGAGCUUGACCAUAGACCAGACUGGGGGGCCUCCUUCAUGAGCCUGGCUGAGCAGUGUGAAUCAGUGCUGUGCUGCAGAGUGACUCCCUCACAGAAGGCUGAAAUCGUCACACUGGUCAGGAAACAUAUCAAAUCAAUCACYAUGUCCAUCGGCGAUGGUGCCAAUGACGUCAACAUGAUCAAGACGGCUCACGUUGGAGUGGGACUGGCCGGAGUGGAGGGAGGCCAGGCGGUCCAGAACGCAGACUUUGCCGUGUCACAGUUCAGGUUUCUACAGAGGCUGCUGCUAGUCCACGGCCGCUGGUCCUACCGCCGCAUUUCCACCUUCCUGUGCUACUUCCUGUUCAAGACGUGUAGCUUUGCUCUGGUGCACGUAUGGUUUGGUUUCUUCAAUGGCUUCAGUGCUCAGUCUCUGUAUGAGACAUGGUUCAUCGCUCUCUACACUGUCAUGUACACCGCAGCCCCAGUAAUGUGCGUAGCCCUUUUUGAACAGGACGUGAGUGGAGAAAGCAGUCUGAAGUCACCUGAGCUGUAUAAAUCCGAACUGAAACCAAAACUCUCCAUUUUUAUGAAGCUGGUUUUCUAUCUCCUGUAUGCCGUCUACACAUCGCUUGUUCUCUUCUUCAUCCCGUUUGGAGUUUUCUACAACACAGCUUCAGACUUMCAGACCAUGGCGGUCACUGUCUCCAUGGCAGCCACCUUCACAGCCACAAUUCAGAUUAUACUUCUGACUAAAUAUUGGACAAAGUACAAUAUCGCAGCUGUGAUCGUGUCUGUGAUAAUGUUCUUUAUCUGCACCAGAAUCACCCACAAYGCACGCCUCUUUGAGAAAUCACCCAUGGACUAUGUUUUUAUUGGGGCGUCGGACAAUGCCUUCGCUGAUCCAGUUGUGUGGCUCACAGCUUUUCUCACCACCUGGACGGCUUUUCUCCCCUCGUUCACUGUCCACGCCCUCAACGUCAUUCUGUCUGKUCGUGACAAACACAAGGUCCACACAUCCUUCCCUCAACCUAUUGAGUUGAAGUCGAGGUUCAAAAGACAAAMCUCUCUCCGCCGCUCUUCUUACGCCAUCUCUCAGGGAACCAGACCUGGACGCCUCAUCAGCUCAGCCACUUCCAUCCGCAGGAAAGAGCUGUCCCAGGACGAGAAAGCUGUUAUAAGUAAUAAGCCCAGUGAUACAAAAUUGUAAUKAUUAAGCUUUAGGAGCUUUGAAGACAUUUGUCACAGACUGGAACAGAUGGGAAUGUUUGCCUCACUCAAACCAGUUGAGCUGACAAAAAUUACAAUUAUGUCAUAAGUUAUUUUAGGUCURAUGACCGAUUGAGGAGCUUGAUUGAGAAAGAAAGUUUGAUUCAAGGAAACAGUYUUUAACACGUUCUAUGUUUAGGCUGCAAGGCUGCAGAGGGUCCCUGAAUAACCACAUAAUCUUGGUCAGAUAAGGAGAAUCAGAUCACAUCGGCCUCAAGCAGAAAAGGAAACCGUGCACAAGUGUAUUCAUGCAAGAAUAUCCACUUAUGCAUGCAGUGUUUUUARAAAAUGUAUGUUUAAUUAAAAAAAUAAGCCUUCACGCUAAUUGUUCCAAAAACAAAGAUUACAUUUUGUAUAUUUGUGUUUAAAUGAGACUUAUCAUACAAGAUCCACUUUUUUAGCCAUUAAUAACAUUUUGUACUUGGAGUCUCUAGGAGUGCAGAAAAGUUGGAUUUAGUCUCUCCCUCUGCUGCAGAGGUGUAAGUCUGAAGAAAUUUAUUCUGUUUAUUACUGAUUUUUAAAUGCAUUACCAAUACUGUUUUAUUUCCUAGGAGAUCUGUUUCAAUAAUCUAUUUUCAUAAUUAUCUAUUUAUAUGAUUAAACUGUGAUUUAGUUGAAGCGUAAUCAGGUUUGAGUGACAUCAUGAUCAGCGCAAACAGAAUGUACUUUCUUGAUAUGAUUAGUUAAUACAUGUCUUAAGGGAUCCCCUAUUAGUCGUAACAUUAGACUUUAUUUGAUAAACAUAUACAGUAUUUUAACCGUAAAAUAAAGACUGUAAAA